AUGGACCGGUACCUUGUCCACAGCAUUUUUCCGCCAUCCAAUUGGAUGUUGCAAAACUACUUUCUCUUUACAAAGCUGCAGCUGCCAACGAACGUGGAAAUCGACGCGGUCGAGUUCUUGAACGGUGCUCGCUUUGCGUGUGACUUGGCGAUCAAUACCAUGUACUCGAACGAGUUUGUCAACUUUGCCAAUGGAGUCGUCUCCGAGUCGGCUGCAGCAGAAAAGAUGCAAGCUGGACUGUCGCAAACUUGCUACAAGGCGUUUUUGUUUGCGAUGCAACAAACGAGUAAGAGUGGCAACAGGUUUUCACUCAAACAGCUGGACAUCAACGGGGUGUACCUCUAUGGCGUGAAUUGGGAAAGGAUGUCGCUGGCGGAGAUGAAGCAAGAAGAAGCGCUGGAAGCGUUGACGCGAUCACAGAGGGUCGAGUUGGACCAGCUGGAAGAAAAGAAGAAGGAGGGGGAGAGAGACGAGGACCCGAAUGUGUCACACGAGACAAUGCCGUCGGUGGGUAGUCAGACGGCGAAGGCUACUCUAGAGGACCACACCACGAUGAUUGAACGACUGCAUCUGGACGUGCUGUUGGAAACCGUGGAGCAUCUGGAAGUUGUUUCAGCUGAUCUUGCGGACCAAGUACUGGAGAAGAAAUCGUCAGCUGUCUGGCGUUUCGAGUCGCUCGUGACACAGCCGGACAAUCUCGACUGGCGCAUUGUCUCUGUCUUUUAG